UGGGGAUAUAGCAUGUAUGUUUAAAUCGUUACUUAUGCUUUAAGGAAAAUGAGUUGAUGGCAGUUUUCCAAACUAGAUAUUUUCUAUUUUAAGUUGUCUUUAAUGGCUGAAUUGGAGGCAUUGAUGCCAAAAUCAGCUGAUUCUGAGACAAAAAUUAGAAAAAAGUCACAACUGUCAAUCUGUGAGAGUGCAGCUUUAAACGGACAUGUUGAUAUCAUAUUUGGUAAAUUAUAAGUCAAUUGAAACAAUGAAGAUAUCAGAAGUUCUCAACUGCAGCUUCUCUGCUUGGUACCCACAGUUCAAGGAAUACACAAUCAAAAGUCAAAUAAUACCUUUGCCUCAAGAGUUUGUUGACUACCUGCUGGCAGAUCAAGUGGUUCUUCCCGAGAGCUCUGUGGCUCUGUCGGCAGCUCACCAGGAUGAGGAUGAAGAUGACAACAGAUAUGCAGAUAAUGUUGUGGACUGGGCUACAGAAGACAUCAUGACUCCAGUAGCAGAGCCACCGAGUUUUCCAGAGUUUGAAUCUCUUCUCAAAAUUGCGAUAAGAAGAAUGGGCGGCAAGGUUUUCCCAAAGUUGAACUGGUCCGCACCUCGGGAUGCAUCAUGGAUCUCGUUUGACCGCACCUUGAAGUGCACCUGUCCUAGUGAUGUCUACCUCCUUCUGAAGAGUUCAGAUUUCAUCUCACACGAUCUCACAGAACCGUUUAAGUUCUGCACUGAUGACGAGAACCUGAAGAAUGAGACUACUGUAAAGUACGAGCUUGUGUUGAGAAAAUGGCGGGAGCUGAAUCCAGCUUACGAGUUCAGGUGCUUUGUAAAAGGCAAUACAGUAAUAGGCAUUUCACAAAGACACACAGAUAUGUACUACAAGUUUAUACCAGAAAACAGGAAGGAGAUCGAGGGAGAUAUACAGGCAUUCUUCUACCAUAUCAUCAAAGACAACUUCCCAGAUAAGUCAUAUUGUUUUGAUGUCUACAGAAGAUGUCAGGGCAAGUUGGUACUGCUGGACAUUAACCCGUUUGGCGAGGUGACUGACGGUCUCCUGUAUACCUGGGAGGAGCUGCUGACUGAUAAGCCCAGCCAUACAGAGGAGGAGGGAGAGGUGGAUGAGAUAACAGAUCCCUUGCUGCGCUGUGUCGAGUCAGAGACGGGAGUUCAGUCCAACCCGUAUGGAGCAUACGCUGUUCCCAAAGACUUUGUGGAUAUUGCGCAUGGUGAAGACCCAACUAAACUCAUGCAGCUGCUGCAGUUGAAAGUGUCACAGCAGACAAAUCAUCCUGAUUCUUCAUCAGAUGAGGAACCAGAGUCGGCACUUGGCAGUUGAUAAAAUCGGUUUCAAAAGACAUGUAAAAUGUGUCAGGAGUCAUACGAGACCAGUUUGUACAGUCCCUUAGAAUAAGAUGUGUCAUUAAAAGACUCACAAGCACAUAUUCAUAUCAAAUGGGAUUUAUUCUGUGGGCCAUGUGUUCACUCGCGCAUUUUCAUUUUUAGCGAUGUGUACAUGGCUCAGAACAUCAUCAACCAUCCAUAUGUAUUUGUAACAGUUCAAUGUUUCAGCAUUACUAUUUAGGGCAAUUGACCAGGCCUCACACCAUCCUUGAAUAAAUAUUCUCUAAGCAAUGGAGGGGUUUACUAGUCAUGUGAUAACCCUGGCCAAAUCAAUGCAUGUGCUUUUGGAUUUAAUAGAUAUAUUCUUUUGUUAAACAAAGUUAUUGAAUUAUUAAUGGUCAGAUCAUAAUCCGAUCAAAUGUCAUAAUAGUAUCAUUUUAUCUAUUAAUUUUUUUUAUAGGUUGUAUAAAAUUUAGAUAAAUUAUUUGCAUUAAACAUGUCUAUGUUUUUAUUGAGAUUUUAGACUCAUCAUUAUAUAUAUUAUUGCUAAAUCUCUAAUGACUGUUUUAUUUUACACUUUUCUUAAUUUAUUAAGACAAGAAAUUUAAUAUUUUGCCACAUUUAUUAGUUUGUCUUUGUUUGACAAAUGAAUU